UCUUGGCUUGUACGAAACGGUGUUAUCGCCUGAGAAUCCCGGCGAUGUGCCAUGACACGAACCCAAAAAGCUCCGCGUGUAAGCUUGCCAGCUAAAACGCAAUGCAACCACCCGCUGCUGGGUAUUCGCUGUUUCGAACAAACGCCGCCUCACCAAACCAUGCCAAAUAGCUGGGAGACCUGGUUUGUAUAUAUCGUCUCUGUCUUCCCCUCAUCCCGUAAUUUUCCUUCUCUCAAUCUCUCAUUUAUGCCACGCGGGCUGUAUAGAACAUACCUUCCUUCCUGUCGGCUUUUCUCAAAUCUCUCCGACGAUCCUUUGCGAUUUCAGAGAGCCGGCUUUAUAUGCACUUAUUUGCACGUAUACUACGCUGAUUCUUCCCCAUGAAUCAGUUUUUUUCUUCUUUGGAGCGUUCCGCGAGGUAUGCGGACUCGGCAGAUAUAGACGAUGUAUGGCCCUUGACAGCCAACUUGAACUUGAACGGCAACAACUCUUUGUUAGUACACUGCACUGCUAUCAAGGGCAGUUUCUACUCCUCCGGAAUUUACGGUUAACGAUUGGGACAGGGGAAAUGGACUCUAUAGCGGCGCACGUAUUAGUGGAGGCCGACCUGCGCUCGGUCAACCAUUUGAUGGGAGGCCAUCACAGGAUCCAUGGUUUCUCAACAAGUCGGCAGUCGCCAACAACGCCGGGCUAUCAGUGUAUAAGGACCACCUUCCAUACCCUGGGCAAACUCCCAGUGCCCCGCCAACAAGCCCCGCCGACGUCCCCAGAAUGAUCAUCACAGACCGCCACCUCCAAUCCGCCACAGGCUACGCCCUCAGCCGCGGAAACGGCCGAUACACACGCCUUAUCGCCGCCGACGAACUCCCUCCCCUCCAAGGACCCGGACUAAACCGAGGAGCAGUCGGUCUCAUCAUCCUCCCUACACCCCUGAACCCCACUCCCCUCGGCCCUCUCACAUUCCACGCUCCAAACCCAUUCCCCCUCACACCCCCAAACUCAUGCGGCAAACCCCCCUCUCUCUACGGCCCCCUCCCUCCCGUCUCCACCCCCUCUCGCCCCUCCCGCGGACCCCGCAAAGACAAAGUCUACUGCGACAAAUGGGUCCACGAGGGCGUAUGCGCCUUCUCCCAGCAGGGGUGCCGGUACAAACACGAGAUGCCCUUCGAUGUCGCGACGCAGCACACGCUGGGCCUCUUCCAGGGCCUGCCGAUGUGGUAUAAGAAGGAGAAUAGCUUGGAGCUGCGGACGCCGAGGGCGGAUGAGAAGGCUAAUGGUGAGGGGGCGUCAGGGACGGGGGCGUUAGGUGUCGGAUUACCAACGCCUACUGCGCUGCCUAGCUGGCGGCCUGGAGCUGAGCAAUCGCGCGGUGGAGGUGUGGCACAUCGGAAGCCUGUAGCUGCGACGCGGGAGAAUGGGUUCAGCAGCGCUGUGGCUACGGCAGCGAAGCUGUCUGCGCCGCUGCCUUCACGACGCAACGAGUUUGGGAAUAUCGCUCGCCCCGUUGCCCAGCGCCCAGCGACCAAGAACGGGGUUUCUGGGAGUGCGCCGGGAUUGGAGUCAUCCAUCUAUGCGCCUGUGGUGUUGAAUCCGACUGCUGGGCCUUAUGCGCCGGAUUCACAACCGCAGCCGCAGAACCCGUUUAGUAAACAGCAUCCUUGGGUGGUAGGUCCGUCGCUGAGGCCCCAGACAGUUGCAGCUUCAGCCGCGACGUCCACGGGCGACAGGGAUACGGCUGCUGGGGGCAGAGAUGAGUCCGGCAAAGCAGGGGGUGAGGAUGGCGAGCGGGGUGAGAAUCCGUAUGAGCUGCUGUCGGCGUUUGAGGAGCGUGAGUGAGAGGCUUGGUUGGCUGUGGACGAGUUGGAUACAAAGGCUGGCUGCAUGUGGUUUCCACGAUGCAUUUACGAUAAUUCUCUCCUUCCGGGUCUAAAAAUAAAAUAGAUAGAAUAUGACAACAAGCAUUUAUCAGCAAAUAUUAAAGCCCUGACCUCGUCACAAGCUUUCUAGAGUUCCCCCCCGUGCCGCCGCGUAACUUUCCAAAUAGGUAUAGGCACGCAUAUGACAUCUGGGCCACAAAAUCGAUGCGACGACGCAUCCGCCCAAGCCGCCAUGACCACAUCUAGCUAGACGCGGAGAAACUCAAUCG